AUGGCAUGCUUUAGCUCGUCGGCCAUUGCCCGAGCGCCGUCUGCGUCCGGGAGCCAGAAUACGCGAUCCGAGUCUGCAGCAGCAAAGACCAUGAUGACCUGGGUCGGUAGCUACGGCGCAGGCGGCAUCGACUUGAGGAGCGACACCAUGACCACGCCAACCCCCUCAAUGUUGGCCGCUAUUCAGUCGUGCUCCCUGCUGGACGACGUCUUCCGCGAGGACCCGACUACCAACAACCUGGAGGCCUUCUGUGCUAACCUGACCGGCAAAGAGGAUGCCCUCUUUGUGCUCUCGGGUACCAUGGGCAACCAGCUGGCUUUGAGGUCAUUGCUAACUCAGCCCCCUCACGGCGUGCUCUGUGAUUCCCGGGCACAUAUUGCUAACUACGAGGCCGGAGGAGUCUCCAGCCUUACAGGGGCUACCCUCCAGACGGUCACCCCCUCCAACGGCAUCCAUCUCACCCUCCAAGACAUUCAAGCCUCCAUCACCCUCUCCAACGACAUCCACUCCUGUCCAACCCGCGUCAUCUCCCUGGAAAAUACCCUCAAUGGCAUGAUCCUCCCUCUCUCCGAAGCCCAGAGAAUCUCAUCCUUUGCCCGCCAGCACGGCCUCAAGCUGCACUGCGACGGCGCCCGCCUGUGGGAAGCAGUUGCUGCUGGUGCGGGCAGCCUGGUCGACUACGCAGCGUGCUUUGACACGGUCAGUCUCUGCUUCUCCAAGGGACUGGGCGCACCAGUCGGGAGUAUUUUGGUCGGCUCUAAAGAGACGAUUGCCCAUGCCAGAUGGAUGCGCAAGGCUAUUGGCGGCGGCCUAAGGCAACCUGGAGUGCUCACGGCUGCGGCGAGAGUGGCGGUGGAGGAGACGUUUGGGAAGGGGCCGAAUGGUGAAGGGGGCUUGCUGAAGAAUGUGCAUGAGCUGGCGAAGCAGGUGGCGGGAAUGUGGACGACGUUAGGGGGUAGGCUGGUCUAUCCGGUGCAUACCAAUAUGGUCUGGCUGGAUCUGAAGUCUGCUGGGUGCUCAGAUGAGAGGUUUGCUGAGCUGGGGCAGCAGGAGGGGUUGAAGAUGUGGGAUGGGAGAUUGGUGCUGCAUUAUCAAAUCUGGCAGAAUCGACAUCAUGUUGUGCCGAGACUGCAGAAAAUCUUUAAGAGGGUCUUCGAAGAGAGGACAAAGGAAGUCGACGAGUCGAGCGGCUCAAAGUCCCCUUACCAAGGGCAAGAGAGCGAUGCUCAAGGUCAGGCAUCCCCUUACCGGACACAUUAG